AUGGACGGAGGAGGCCUUGUAUUAAACGUCGUCGCCACAGGAGAUUCUGCGCCCGCAAGGCUUUCAAAACCAAAGGGAGGUCGCUGGAAGGAUAGGGUCAAGGUCGUUAAGUCAGUCAAGAGGCGAUUACAAAAUUCAGGACGAGCCAGCACCUCCACCACCUUAUCGACAUAUUCUACAGCACCUACAGAAUCACCAAUACUUUCAUCCUCAUCAGUUAGGGAACGGUCCCACGCUCGCCCUCAUAAUGAUUUUGACGACCAUAUGAUUGGCGAUACUACACUGUCCAAAGAGGCUAAGCUGAUGCACGGCAAGUCUCAGGUUCAGUCGUCCAUCUUUUCGCCCGAUACCGAGAUCAUCCCUAAGGUGAAAACGAUCCAACGUCCGGUCGGCAAACCCAGCAAUGCUCCGCUCAAUACUUCAACCUUCACUGGAAUCGGACUGGAUGAAGAUCUUGCCAAACACAUGGAGACGAAACUCAAUGUCAGCAUGCCAACAACAAUCCAGCAAAAGGCCAUCCCUGUUUUACUUGGACCCACGCGCAAGGUUGGCGACAAUGUACCCAAGACAGAUACGGACGUGAUUAUCCAAGCAGAGACAGGAUCGGGGAAAACUUUGACAUAUCUGCUACCAAUUGUCAACCGCCUGAUUGAGUCUGAGGCAUCGCCGGCUCUCGAUCUAGAAUCCAAGCGGUCUAUCGGAACCCUCGCCAUCAUCAUGACACCGACCCGUGAACUGGCAAAGCAGAUUCUUCAGGUCCUGGAGACUCUAUUGCAGAUGCCUGCCUCUUCAGUUACAGGAAAGAAGCGCUCGCACUGGAUCGUUCCAGGAAUUGUCAUCGGAGGCGACAAAAAGAAAUCAGAGAAGGCUAGGCUUCGUAAGGGCGUCAACAUUCUCGUCGGUACUCCCGGACGUCUCUUGGAUCACUUGCAGAACACAAAGUCAUUUAACGUGCAGAGUCUACGGUGGUUGAUUCUUGAUGAGGCUGAUCGACUACUGGAACUGGGUUUCGAGGAAUCAAUGACCGCUAUCUUGAAGAUUCUAGAUGCCAGGGUGAAGAUCGCAGCUUCGGUUACGAGUUCAAAUGACACGACUAAGAUCUGGCCACAGACGCGACAGACGGUUCUUUGCUCCGCUACGCUAUCAGAUGAUGUCCAGCGCCUUGCCGGUACUUCCCUCGUCGACCCAAUCUACAUCAGCGCUAAGAAAGACGUCGCCAACGCCAAAGGCAUUCCCGGAUCGAGACUAGACGUAACAGAAACAAAGCAGGCACAACAAUUCGCUACACCAGAACAACUCAAACAACUCUAUGUCAUUACUCAGGCGAAACUUCGGCUGGUGACACUGACAGCCAUGCUCAAAAGCGCAUUCGCAGGCAAGAUUAAGGGCGCUAAGGCACCAAAGAUGGUCGUCUUUUUGUCAUCAUGCGACUCUGUUGAUUUUCACCACGGACUCUUUGCAAACGCUGGCAAGGAGACCAAGAGAGAAGUUACACAGGAUGGGUACUUUGGUCAGGGCUUUGAGGACGGCGAUGACGAUGAAAAGAGGGACGAGAUACCCGAUUUCGUGUCAGCCUCCAAUCGAAUCGAUGCCAGGGCGAGCAAGGACGAGAUGUAUAAGGCGAAGCGCGAGGAAGAGAGGGCGAAUGCUAAGAAGGCAAGGGCGCAGUUAUCUUUGACGGGAGCCAUCUUACCAGACGUACCUUUGUUCCGAUUGCACGGCAACCUGGCCCAGGCUCUGAGAACCGACACCUAUUUUGAGUUCUGUAAGGCAUCUAGUGGAGUUCUCUUCGCAACGGACGUGGCAGCGCGCGGAUUGGAUUUGCCCGAUGUUAGUCAUAUUAUUCAAUACGAUCCGCCCUCGGAUCUCAAGGAUUAUGUGCAUCGCGUGGGUCGAACAGCCCGUCUUGGACGCGAUGGCGAGGCUGUGUUGUUCCUUUUGCCCAGCGAAGUUAAAUACCUGGAGUUGUUGACAGCGCAGGGCCUUCCUAACCAGGAAGUAUCUGUGACAAGCAUCCUGAUGAAGCUGGCACCAUCCAAGUCAACCGAGUACCAACAGCCUGCGACGGACAUUCAAAACAGUUUUGAGCGGUACAAUCUGCAUUCUCCCGAGAAUAUGGCAAUUGCUCGCGGAGCUUUCUGGGCAUUUGUCAAGUCAUACGCGACACAUCCUUCGUCCGAGAAGCAUAUCUUUCACAUCAAGAAUCUGCAUUUGGGUCACAUCGCCAAGAGCUUUGCACUGCGUGAAGCACCAUCGGAUAUUCCACAGCCCAAAAAGAAGAAGGGAGCCGCUGUGCGUCCGGGCGGCAAGAGCGAGGAGGUGGACGAGACAAGGGCCAACCGCAAAUCCCAGAAGGAACGUGAAAAGGAAGAGCGCACUAAACCCAGGAUUGUCCUUAAGCGCAAGAACGACGUGAGCGAGUUUGCUGUGGGUGACUACAAGUCGUUGGUGGGCCCAAUGUUGAAGCGCAAGAAGACUAAGAAGUAA